CCCCGGGUUCUCCCCCAAGUCUCAGGGUGUCCGGCCCCAGGCCCUCACCUGAGGGCUUCGGUCGCAGGCUCCGGACCGGGCCUGUAUGUCCUGCCGUCCACCGUGGGCUACGUCAAGCACGACUGCACCAGGGUGGUCAGUCCCGCCUACUCACUCUUCCGGAGGCCCAGCCCAGGACGUCAGCCCUGGGCCAGUCUACUCUUUGGACCCAAAAGUCACCCGGUUUGGCCGAAGCUGCACCCCUGCUUACUCCAUGCAGGGCCGGGGCAAGUCUCGGGGUCUGGAGGUGACACCAGGCCCAGGGGCCUACAGCCCAGAGAAGGUGGCCCCUGUGCACCAGCGGACACCCCCAGCUUUCACCCUGGGCUCCCGCCUGCGCCCACAGCUCCAGGACACCUCCACCCCUGCUCCUAACACCUAUACCCUGCCCUCCCUCUGGGGUUCCCAGAUAUUCAUUAAGCCCAGCAGCCCCAGCUACACAGUGGUGGGCCGCACGCCCCCCGCCCGUCCCCCUCAGGACCCUGCUGAGAUCCCAGGCCCGGGCCAGUACGAGAGCCCCGACCCGAACACCUACCGUCAGCGCCAGCCCGCCUUCACCAUGUUGGGCCGGCCCCGUGCCCCCCGGCCCCCAGAGGAGACUCCUGGCCCUGGCACCCACAGCCCUGAGCAGGUCACCAUGACCAAAGCCCGGGCGCCAGCGUUCACCAUGGGCAUCCGCCACUCCAAACGCGCUCCCACCAUGGUUGUGGACACCAUGCCCUGACACCUUUGGGGUUAGGAUUCCCGGCUGCCCCGGGACCAACCCAGUUUACCUGUGUUGUCACACGGGGUGUGGGCAGGCCCCUCCUGGGCCUGGCUGUGGAGAAGACACAUCUUGCCUUCCUUUUUUUGAACUCUGAGGUCCUUCUAGGUCCCCUGCUUCCUUUGGUCCCUGGGGGCUGUGACCCCGUGGCUCCGUGCAGGGCGAGCUUCCUUCCAGUGCCCCAGUUUCUUCCUCCCGGUCACAGCAGGUUAAGUCAGGCCACGCAGAGAAAGGGACAACUGCAGCCCUGCCCAGCGGCCAGCGGAGCUUUGUGUCCUAGAGCUCAGUGUCCACCCUGCUAGGGCCUGGGUCCCUGGCACAGUUCACGUUUCUGCUAAACUUGGGCUCUUCUCUGCUUCUCGUGGAUGCACAGCCAGCUGCCUGCCCCUGGUCCCAGCCCCCAAAUCAGGCUGGAAGCAGCCUGAUCCCUCUCUCUCUAGCUGCUUGCCAAUAAAUCUCUGUGGCACCAGAGCUGUCAGAAUCA